UUAUAGCCCUGGACGUUUCAUAUCUGACAUAUUAUUCCGACAGCUUUAAUUUCGCCUCCCCGCUUUUCGUUGAUUGCCUCUCGCAUAAAACGCUGUCUUUACAACCCGUGGUAUUUACACCACGUUACAGUUUAGAUGAAGUUAGUUUCUCACCAGCUUACAAGUUUAGUAGCAGCCAUGUAUUUCUGGUUCAAGACUUUGAGGGAAGGUUUAUUAGUAGCAUUAUGUUUAACUUGUGUGUCUGUAAUAUGGGCUGUAUGAAUUAAAUUGUAUGUGACGUAGUUGUGACGUCGCUAUGACGUUGCGUUAACGUCCUAAACUAAGUUACGUGUCGUCAUCAUCUACGUCACAGUUUAACAGUUGAGUUUAUGACGUCAUUGAACAUAAAAAUUGCAUCACGUGAUUGAAAACCCCCUUCACCCACCAAGCGUGCAAGCCAGUAAAGCGGAAAGUAUGCGUUCACUCGUACCCAUGUUGUUGCGUUGAUUAAACGCACCAGACACGUACGAACCGAUGUGUGGAUACCAUACACCGGAGUUGUUUUUGGAAAGUUGGACAGUGUCGGUGAGGCUAGGUGGUAAUAUGACGUCAUAUAUAAAGAUGAAUAAAGUCGCGAAUGACGCAAUAGUGACGUCACAAUACAGGCAUUCAAGUGUGAUUGUCGGAAUAUCUAUUGUUCUUCUAUUGUCUGUGUUACAUUCAGUGUACGUGACGUCACAAUUAUAUACAAUGAACAAACGAAUCGAUGAAACAGUGGUCGAUUGUAAACAAGAUGAGGUGAAGAAUGAGUCAUUGUUACGUCACAGAGUUCGAAGAUUUGAAGGGGAUGCGUUCAUCGGUGCUCACGUGGUCGGACGCAGAGGAUCGACAAUCGAACGAACGCGACCUUACCAACAAUCACCAGCAAGUUAUUUUGAAUGGGAUUCGCAACAACAAGAUUUAUCAAGUAUGAGGUUGGUUGACGUCAUUGAUGACGUCAGAUUGGAUGGGACAUUCCUAGAGAUAAGGGCUUCCGGUUAUUAUUACGUUUACGCUCAGGUAACCUACUACGGGAAGGGGUUGUCGCCCAUCGGGCACGAAACCGUAAAAAUAAACAACAACCAGCGGUUGGUCUUGAUGGGAAGCCAAAUGUAUCAACGAAUAGGUAGCGCGAGAUAUGGGACGGGUAACAGGAUGUCGAACAGCGACAGUGGAUACCAUGGUGGAGUGUUUUAUCUAUUGGCGGGCAGUAAACUUGGCGUGAGGCCAAUGGCUACAAACGCAGCCUACCACCAAUCAUACUUCAUGCAACCGACCAAAUCCUACUUCGGGUUGUUCUUCAUUCAUUCAUGAACAUCACGUGAUCUUUGUACAUUUUAUGUAAAAAUAUUACAAUAUGACGUCACACUUGUAUGA